UUCCAAGAAUUCUGAACUGGAGUAACACCAUUGUCACCAAAAAUCCAACUCUUCGAGACUUGAAGGGCAAGAUUUUUGAUUUGCCGUUGAAUAAGGUAAAAUACAGUUUCUUUACUGUUUCUUUUCAGUUUUAUUUAUGUUGUUAAUUUUUAGUUUUUUUAAUUGUUUUUAUAUUUUCAUAUUCUGAUUGAUUAUGCUGUUCAGUUGAAGAUCAAAAACAUGUGUCCUACUGAUGAAGAGAGGCAGAAGCUUCAACUUGACGGUUUAUUUCUUGAUGAGUCUAUUGAUGACCGUGGUGUAGCGAAGCAAUCAUUUGAGAGUGGGUGAUCUUCAAAGAAAUCUGAUUCAGCGGAUAUUGAUUUGAUGAAAUCUAAGUUGGAGAUGGUCAUUUCGAAUCAAGCAUCAUUGGCCGAAGACUUCAUAUCAUUGAGGUGUUUUGUUGAUCUUAAUUUCAAGUCCGUAAUGACUGUAAUUAAGGAUAUUCAGGAGAAGGUUAAUGUCAUUCAUCGUCGUCCUUCUGAUGAGGUAUUUAUUCAUAGUUUAUUGUUUAUGUUUUUUCAUAUUUUUUUUUAGUUUCUUUACUGUUUCAUUUAAGUUGCAUUUGUGUUGUUUGAUUCAGGGGAAGUCAUCUGAUGAAUUAGUAACUCAAGAUUUUGAUGAUGAUGAUGAUCAUCAUGAUGAUGAUGAUGAUGAUGAUGAUGAUGAUGAUGAUGAUGAUGAUGAUGAUGAUGAUGAUGAUGCUGAGGAUGAUGAGAAGGAACUGCCUGAUCCAGAAAAUAUUGAUUCCGACUCCGACGAUGGUGGUGAGUUGGUUAAAGUUGGUGGUGAUGUUGAUGAUGCUGAUAAGGUUGUUACUGAUGUUGCCCCUGCUGAUGUGAAUCCAUCUGAGGCUGUUGGAGGCAGUGAUGAGAAUGCUAAGGAUGUUGAGAAGGCAAAGGGCGAUGAGUCUCGAUUAAAGGGGGACAAUUUCUUUGAUGGGUUAAGCCAGCUUGAAAUAGAUGAUGAUCAAGUUGUGUUGGCUGGCUUGGAGGCUGUUGGUAAAAUCCAUGUAACUGUAUUUUUAUUUGUUUGCAAGAAAAUUAGGUUUCUUUUUGGUUGCUCAAUAGUUUUUAGUUUAUUUUGCAACUGUUUAAUUUCAGUCUUUCUUUUUAGGUCCCCCGACCCAAUCCAGAUGUUGUUGGUCAAAAGUCAGCUGCCCUUCAUACUGAUGAAGAAACUGAGGACACUGUCUCUGAUACACCUCUGUUGGAUAAGAGGAAGCGUGCUCCGGCCUUGAAAUCUCCUUUUGUUGAUUUCGGGUCUGCUGAUGUGGGGAGCACUCCAAUGGAGCUAAUGUCCUCAGGUUCUCAAUCAGCUGGGGAUGAUAGGGAUUUUAAAAUGGUGACUUAUGUGAAGGGCCUUUAUGCUCUUAAUGAUGCAUUUGCUGAUCCCGUAUCUCCUGAGAUUGAGGCAAAGUUUGACGCGUGGAUUGGUCAAGGCUUGCUUAAACAUCCUAGGCAUUACAAUUGUUAUGUUGAUGGCGCAAAGAAAUUUACCCCAGGUUUUAGGCUAGGUGUUGAUUAUGUGGAGGAUAAAACUUGGUUUUAUCAUUUGGCUACAUGCGACAUGUUUAUAAAUGACUCGGUAAAGUUUCCAUUUUCCAUUGUAGUUUAUGAUAGUUGGUUUUCAGUUGCUUUUUAAAUGUUUUUAAGUUUUGAUACUGUAUUACAGUUUUUAAACAGUUGUUCAACCUUUUCAUUUGUGUUUCUGUGAUGUUUUUGUUUCAGCAUAUGAACACCAUAUUCUUCCGCUGUGACAUUGAAUUUUGCGACAACUGAUUGUCUCUUUGAUGAUUCCGUCUAAGCUUUGUACCACAAAUUUAACAAAGCCAAGUCAAUGAAGACUAAGAUGUCGCACAUUCACGCUGCCCACCCAAUAGCGCAUUACAUUCGAGGUUUGCGCAUUCCGUGUUCUAAGCCUUGGUAUGAAGCCGAUCAUGUGUUAUUCAUCAUCAAUCUAAGGAGGGAAAGUCAUUGGGUGUUUGGUCGUCUUGACUUGAAUGAAGGGAUUUUGUUUCUGUAUAAUUCUUUGAGGACUGCGAAAAUGAAUGAUGCAGCUAGGAAUGCCAUGAAGGCUUAUUCUGUGUUGUUGCCUUUGUUUUUUGAUCUACUUGGUUUCUGGAAGAAUAGGUCACAUGUUCCUGCUUUAGGUUCUGACCCUACAGCUCCUUUAAGAAUUGUGGAGAUUAGUGGUCUGCCGUCUCAGCAGAAAAAGUGAGUUGUUUCUUUUAAGUUUAUUUUAUGUUGUUUUUUAGUUGCUAAACUGUUUUACUUUUUUCUGUUUUUAUAGUGAUUGCGGAGCAUAUGUCGCUGCAUUUGCCGAGUUCUUUAUCCAUGGAAAGGAUGUUCCUGCGGACUUUGAUAUCGAAGUUUAUCGUACUCGGCUUGCUGCAGUUUUCUUCUCAUAUGGCCAAAGGAAAAUUAAUGAAAGCAUUGAUAGCGAGGAUGAGAAGCAAAGCAAGUCUUCUAAUGCUUCUAAAUUGAAAAAAAUAGGGUCUUUUAAUUUGGUGACUAUUUGGUGUUAUUGGUUGAAUCUAUUAUCAGACAAUAGUUAGUGUUAUUGGUUGAAUAUAAUUAUUAUAUUUGGUUUUAUACUCUGGAUCUGGUUUAAAACUUUUAGGAUAUUGGACAUUAGUCCUUAUAAUAUGUUUAUUGUAUAUGUUUGUAUCAGCAAAAGUUGUAUGUUUUUCUAAUUGUUCAAGUUUUUAUAUACAGUCGCACAACUAUUGAGAAACUAUUAUCCAACUGAAUACAAACAAUGUAGUUAUAUUUUUAAAUUGUGCUAUGAAUGUAUUUUUAUUCCCUGUUUUUCCAUUGCUCUUUUUUCCUUUAUUUAGUUAUGUUUUAUCAAUUCUUACCUCACUGCUUUUAAAACUGUAAAGAAGAAGUUAUUCCUAUACUUAAUAUUUACGAAGUGUCGCAACUGUAAGAAAACGAUGUUGCAACUAUUAAAAAACUGUUUUAAAUUUUAUAAAAAUGAAAUCCCAUGUAUUUAGAACAUAACACAUCAACCUGUUUGAAUUUGCACACAGAAUUAAACAAUUCAAAUAUUGCAUAUGUAUCUAUUUUAUUGCUUGAUUGUUGCAUGUCUUUCGAUUGUGUCCGUGUUGACCACAUUUGUUGCACCUGUUAUGUUUUUUUGUAUCCCAUUCAGAUAAAAACUUUCGUUUCCUUGGUCUUCCAGAUCUUAUUUUCUGGUUUGGUGGCAGAACAAUGAUAUCUUUUAUGUUUUGUGGCACAUCCCAUGUUGUGUGAUUGUGUACCGGAUAUGUUGAGUCGCUGUAUGUUUCAAGCCAUGUUCUUGUGGUGUAAUAACCUGAACAGUAGUUGUAAACAUUCAAGUUCAUCACUUUUAUAACAGCAAGCGCAUGAGCACACGGUAACUCGUCAAGUUGGAAUCGGUUGCAACUGCAUGUUUUCUCCUUGAGGUUGAUGACCCAUGAUCUGGUUAGUUCUACGACUUCGAACAUGGUCUCGUUUAUUGGCUUUACCUGCGGAUUAAGUAAAUUUAUAAAAUUGUUAUUAUGUAUAAAAACGGAAAACAAACUAUUUAGAAACCAUAAUUCAACUUAAAUAUUAAAGAGAUUCUUACAUUUUCUGUCAAUGAGUCCACAAAGUUGUUGACUAAUUUCUUCUCUACUGUAGGUGUUAAAAAUGUUGUUGUUUUCUGUGCCUUUUUCCUGUUUGUGUAUGCCCAUUGUUGGAUCAAAGCUCUCAAUGACUCCAUCAGUGUUGUGAUUGGUAGCUCUCUAGCUGCUAAGUUUGCUGCAUUUAGAGAUUCAGCAAUGUUUGAAGUCAUAGUUGAAUACCUGUUGUUUUUGCAGUGGUAUCUUGACCAUUUGUGGUAUCCAACUUGUUGUAAAUAUGGUCUGACACGGAUGUCCAAGCUGUCCAAAUUGCUCAUACGGUAUUCAAAUUUCCUCUCUGUGUAUGCUCUGGCCGCAGCGAAGAAGGGUUUAUCCAGCUUGCUUGCAUUCUUCUUGAAGGUUGCUUUUAGGUUGCUUAACAGGUGGUAUACACAAUAGCAAUGCGUGAUUUCUGGAAAUACUUGAGCAGCUGCCUUAAUUAUGCUCUCAUGUCUAUCUGAGAUCAAGCACUGUUCCCCUCUAAUCCCAUAUGUUUCUCUUACUUUUGUGAAAAACCAUUGCCAUGAGUUGUUGUUUUCUGAAUCCACAACAGAAAAAGCUAGUCGAAAAAUGUGCCCAUUUGCGUCUUGUGUACAAGUAGAGAGCAAUGUACCUCCAUAUGUUGAUUUAAGGAAAGUUCCGUCAAUAACUAUUAUAGGUUGCAUUUCUUCCAUCCUUUUAUUGAAGCAUCCAGUGCGACAAACAAGUACUUGAAGUUGUUGUCAUCCUCUGUUUGCAUGUGCACUAUUGUUCCGGGAUUAGUUUUUUGCAACAUGUGCAAAAAAUCGGGCAGCAGCUUGUAUGAUUCGUUGGCUUUUCCUCGUAAUUCUUCUUGCGCGUGCUCUUUGCUUCUCCAUGCUUUCAUGUAGUUCAUUCUCACCCCAUACUUGUGUUUCAUUUCUCCUCUGAUGUCUUGUGGCGUUUGAGUUGUUUUUAUGUUGGUAAAUCGUGGCUUGAUGUAGUUUCCAAUCAAUUUCGUUGUAGCUUGUCUUUUGUCGGCAAAU